GACUUCGCCCCCCUGGCGAGAUAACGUCGUCAUGUCGUAACAUAGACCGUGCUAGACGUACUUUGUGGUUAUGUGCGCUCAAAGGUUAUACCCUGUAUGGAAACGACAGGUCUUUCCAUGUUAAUACUUAGGAUGUGAUGAAAGGCAGUGCGUGAUAGGUUAAAAUUAACAGUGAAUUUUGGGGUGUGUCUUAAAUCAAGGGUAUUUGUACGGUGAGAUUAAAGUUCAAGUAAAUCAUUGUUUGGAUGUUUGUGAGUUUGACUCGAACAAUGAACUCAUCAAUUAAUUCCAUAAUUUCCCCAAGUUAAAAUUAGUUGUAUAGCCAUUUAGCAUUUAAUAGCAGGAGUAUCUUUUGCUAUCAGAGUUCAAUCAAAAAUAUUUUACGACGGUAUGUUAUUAACUUGAUAGGCCUACUUAGUAUGUUAGUCCGCAAAAAUAUACCCCGCGAUUGAAGUAAAUUUGUUAAGUAUGAAAUGCCGAGUGGAAUUUUGUAACACAAUAAGCUAGAAAAACGUGCCAAGUUUAUUUUUUAAUUUGUUUAAAAGCCGCAACCAUUUGCAACGGAUAUUAAAAUCAGAACAAACGUGUAAGCUGAUAGUUUGUGCGUAUAUCGACCUUCCGAGCAGUGACCUAGGUCAACGCUAGUGAUGGGGAAUCUACAAGGAAGCGACAAGGGGAAGGGGAAGAAGAAGGAGGAGAAAGAGAAGGGAAAAACGAAGAAAUCGCCGGUGAAAGACCUAGUGAAGCAUCAGGUGGCUCGAGCGGGGGCGGGGGCGGCGGAGAAGACACAAAAGCCGGCGGAAGAUCCGGUCCUUCGGCAGCCGACCGUGACCACGGGGGGCGGGGGGAACGGCCCAACCGGUCAGCAACAGACAGUCAUAGUAACAGACUCCUGGAGACAGGUGGGGAAACUGCAGUCCCAGGCAGCCGCUACCGCGACCGUAGAAACUCCUCCGGAGGAGACUUCCAGUUCGGACAGCGUGUUCACGGACCCCCAGGUGACGCCGAUCACCAGCGACUACUCGGACGGUCGGGAGUGUACGGACUGUCGCGUCAAGGAGGAGGACGAUGUGACAUUGACCAUGGAGGUGAGUGAGGACGAGGAAUCCACCCCAGUGGCCUCCAAGAGGCACACGCACAGCCUGGACCGUCUAGAGGAAGAGGAGCCUCAGAGGAAGGAGUCAAAGUUCACCGUAGUCCGUCACAGGAAGGUGGAGUUGGCGCCGGCCAAACUGAGCGAGCAGUGUCUCAUAUCGACCGGCAAGGAUGACCUCCGGCGGCACUCGUCCGUCAGCGACGUCCCUUUGGACAGCAAUGUUCUGCGGAAGGUCGCUUCUCUCACCUUGGACAAGGCCACUCUGGAACAGAGGGUAUCGAGGCCGAAGUUCAUCCCGGAGAAACUGGACUUUCAGCUGUACGAGAAGUUCGAAGGCCAGAUGCUGAUCAACUGGCUGGUAUCUGCGUUCAGUGAAGACAACCACUUGCGUGGAGUGCUCAAGUCGCAGGACUUCAAGUUGCUUGCCGCGCAGUUCUGCACUCACCUGCUGGCAGCCGGUGUUCUGCGCCAACUACCUGACAAAGAUGUUCCUCAGACAGAGACGCUGUUUCGGCCAGAUCUAGUCUACUAUUGGUCACACACGGAGGUGGUGACUACAAAUUCGCAGAAACACAACGACAGCGAGAAGAACAUCAUCACCGAGCUGGCGAGAACUGUGCAAGAUCAGAAGCAGAGGAUUGAUGAACUUGAGAGAAUCGUGCAAGAGAACGAGAGAAGCAAGACACUGGCUGAUAUUCAGUCAUUAGUUGAAGGCGUGAAAGCAGAUUUUGAGUCGCCGACAAAAGAAAAGCCGGUGGUAAAUGGACGAGUGCAGAAUGGGCAUCACUACAACAGUCGUCUGGAAACAGUCAUUUCACCCAGCAAAGAUCAAAACUCAGAAGGGAAAUUCACAUCCAUCUUAAUCACAGAGCGAGUAGAACCUGACCGAAGAGAAGGAUCAGUUCCUAUUUCUCCUUCCACAGUUUCCAUCACCCUUGCAUCUCCCAAAACAGCAGAAAAACCCAUUGAUAGUAAAUCUAAUGAUAAUGAGACAAUCGAAAAUGUUUCUUGUGCAAACAUUGAAAAAGUUAUUAGUGAUUUGGAUAGAUUAGAAACAUCUGAUUCAAAAUCUAUAGAAUUUACUGAACCUGCCUCUCUUCCUUCCAUACCAGUUAGUAUAUCUUCUGCUACUCCAGCUUCUAGUUUUAUUCCACCUCCCCCUCCUCCUCCUCCACCAGUAGAACCAAGUGAUGAAACAAACAUUCCUCCCCCUCCACCUAUUCCUGUUUCUACAGCACCCCCUCCACCACCACCCCCUCCUCCUAUUUGCAGUAAUAUUCCACCACCACCACCUCCUCCUCCUCCUCCUAUAUGUGAUGGAAUUCCACCACCGCCCCCUAUUCCAGGUUCAGGUCCUCCUCCACCACCACCACCUCCAAUGAGUGGUGGAAUCCCUCCCCCUCCUCCUAUUCCAGGUUCUAGUCCUCCACCGCCACCCCCACCUCCAUGUUCCGGUGUACCUCCUCCUCCUCCUCUUGCAAUAUCCUCUGGAGCUCCCCCUCCCCCUCCUGCACCGGGAAUGGUUCCUCCAUCCUCUCCAGCUCCAUUCCCUGCUCCACCAGUUGGAGGGUGGAACGCUCAACGGGCAAACAAACCAAUGGAACAGGUUCAAACUUGGACAACAAAUGGAUUCCUUCCAAUGACGUUCAGGAAGCAGCCUGUGAUACCCCCUGUGUCAAUGAAGCCGCUCUAUUGGACGAGGGUGGUAGUUCCUCCUUCUGCUAAGGCCACGGAGACUGAAGACCAGUCCCCACAGAGUAGUAAAAGUAUACCACUCUGGGGGGAAUUGGAAGAGGUCAAAGUUGAGAACAUCGAUGAGUUUGCUCAGCUUUUUUCCCGGCAAGUGGUUGACAAAAAAAGUACCAAGAAGGUUGUCGCAAAACCCGUCAAAGCUCAGGUGAAGAAAAUUCUGGACAGCAAACGUUCACAAAAUGUUGGCAUUUUAGCUCAGAGUCUUCAUCUAGAUUUCUCUGAAAUCGAGAAUGCGGUUUACAACUUUGACACGUCAACGGUGAGCCUUGAAGCACUACAGCAGAUUUAUGAAGUGAGAGCGACAGAUGAGGAGUUGCAACAGUUGAGAGCUCAUGUAACGUCUGGUAGCGACCAUCCACUAGACAAGCCAGAACAGUUCCUUCUAGAACUGUCUGAGAUUCCUCACUUUGCGGAGAGGAUAUCAUGCUUCAUGUUCCAGACUGAGUUUUCUGACAACAUUUCAGGGAUCAGCAGCAAACUUAACAACAUCAAAUCUACUUGUCAAUUUCUGAUGUCGUCAGAAAGCCUCAAAACUGUUCUGGGAAUCAUCUUGGCUCUUGGAAACUUUAUGAAUGGUGGAAAUAUGCAGCGAGGUCAGGCCGAUGGGUUUGGCCUUGAGAUUCUGGCUAAGCUGAAGGAUGUCAAGAGUAAAGACAACUCCAUGACAUUGUUAAACUUUAUUGUGGUGACCUACAUGAGGAAAUGCGGAGACGUUGCAGCAACUGAUGCCAAACUGCCAGUACCUGAACCAAGUGAUAUUGAAAAGGCUUCGUCCGUUAAGUUUGACGAGGUUGAGAAACAGCUUGUGGACAUUGAGGCUGAAUUAAAUGGAUGCCAGAAGAAAAUGGAUGUUGUUAUUUCAAAAUCCCAAGAAGAGAAUGUACAAACCUUCAAGGACAAAAUGGAGUCAUUCUUAGAUUCAGCCAGAAAGCAGUUAGCAGAAGAGUUUGAAAACUGUGAAGAGUGUAAAAGAAAGUUCCAUUCUCUUCUGAAGUUUUACCAGUUCCAGCCAAAGGGAGGUAUCAAAGAAGAAGAAGUCGCUCCAAAAGACUUCUUUCCUCUUUGGGCCCCCUUUUGCUCGGACUUUAAAGCUCUGUGGCAAAAAGAACAGCAGAGGAUAAUAAAAGAAAAAUUGAAAGAGGCGAAGAAAAAACAGGAAGAGAGAAAACAAGAAAUCAAGAAAGGAAAACGAGAUGCAGGGGGCUUGAAGUCACACUUGAAGAAGUUGGGAGAGCAAUUGACCAAGUCAUGAAGGAUUAGUCACGUAACGUGACGUUAUGUGGAAUCACUUUGGCUGUGACAUAUCAAGACUGCGUUCCUCUAGUCACGUGCUUAACACUUUAAAUACUAUUUAUAUAAUUUCGUACACUCUAAUGUAGUUUUAUACAAUGUUGCAAUGUUGCUUCAAAAGCAUCGAAUAUGUAAAAGUGAUAUUUUAGUUUUAUAAUUGAAAAUAUAUUAUAGGUAAUUACUACCAUACUUGUUAAUUUGUUAUUCCAUUUCUUUGGG